UAAUAUUCCGUCAUCGGGCUCAGCAGUGCGCGUAUGUUGACCAACAUCAUACUAAUGCUGUUGAACUGUAUACGCAGCAAAUUAUUUGAGUUUUUCAUUUGACGAACGCUUUAAUAACCAAAACUCUUAGUGAUCCUAGAAUUUAUUCGUGUAUAGAAAUUAUUUCAUAGAUUUGUAUUUAAAUGGAAAAAAUGUUGAUAAGGACUAGACAAAAUGUGUGCAAAACUAGACUAGCGACAAAAGUCAGAGUGAUACUGUUUUUCGGUAUUCCUAUUUUCUACAUGGUGUUUCUAGGGUCAAUUUCUAAUUCAGAUUAUUUCAAAGAUUUUUCUGAAACUGCAUCAGGUGCAGUGGAGAGAUUUUCUCCACGGAAACUAUUGGGUGUUUUGGAAAGCGGCAAAAACUGCACGCCAGCCGCCAUACUAGAGUUCCCUUCCGACGGGCUCAGCCGUGCGCAGAGGCAACAUGGCUUCAUCGUGGUGCAUUGUGUCCUGGCCGUGUACUGUUUCCUCCUGCUCGGGGCGGUCUGCGAGCAAUACUUCGUGCCUGCCAUCGACAUGAUAUGCGAUCGUCUAACAAUGGAGCCAGACAUCGCUGGAGCCACUUUCAUGGCGGCUGCUAGUUCUAGCCCAGAGCUGUUCAUUAACUGCGUGGGUACCUUCGUGACCCAGGGAGACCUGGGCGUGGGAGCUAUCGUUGGGUCCGCGGUCUUCAACGUACUAGCUGUGCCAGCCUGUUGCGCUUUCUUUGCUGGCAGAGUCAUAAACCUGGACUGGUGGUCGAUAUCGCGGGACUGCAUGAUGUACGCGGUGGCCGUGGUGACCCUGAUCCUGACACUGCUGGACAACAAGGUGUACUGGCACGAGGCGUUGCUGCUUGUGCUUAUGUAUACUGUAUACAUUUUAACGAUGAUCUUCAACAGCCGCUUGGGCAACUUUGUCAAAGGAGGGUGUUGCAUUUUCAAGAAACCUAAAAUAUAUACAGAAAUCACUCCGCUACUAAUAAAAGAAAAACAACACGCGAAAGAUGUAUCGCGCCGCCUGAGUCGCACCAACCCUAACUUGGACUUGGAGGAAGGCAUGGAGAUGACACGUCGUCACAACUCUACUGGUUCUGACACCAGCAGCGAUAGUUCCAUCUGGUCUUGGCCAGACGAGAAGACUUCAAUCGCGAAGAAGUUCCUAUGGCUGCUAACCUGGCCCAUCAGUCUGCUUCUCUGGUUGACCAUCCCCGACUGCCGCCGUCACCCCUCGCUCUACCCACUUACCUUCAUUAUGUGCAUAUCUUGGAUCGGAGGAGUGUCUUACUUGGUUGCUUGGAUAAUCACUAUAUUAGGGGACACUUUAAAUUUGCCGGAUAGCAUCACUGGCCUCACGAUCUUAGCGGCUGGCACGAGUCUCCCAGAAGCAGUAUCAAGUGUACUGGUUACUAAUCAUGGCAAUGGCACGAUGGGUAUCAGUAAUUCCAUUGGCUCUAACACCUUCGACAUUCUGUUGUGUUUGGGAUUGCCCUGGCUUGUUAAGGCGUUGUUCUACCCUACUACGCCCGGCAAGCAUUACGUGGCAAUGAACUCUAGCGGAAUAUCAUACAGUGCUAUAUCCCUUUUGUCUACCCUAUUCGCCCUGUACGGCAGCCUGGCCCUCAACAAGUUCCAGCUGGACUGGCGCGUCGGCAUCACAUGCUCUGUGGUGUACGUCGGUUUUAUCAUCUUCGCUACACUCAUAGAAAUGAAUGUCUUUUUCGUAGUCAACCUCCCGACGUGUUUCCAUUGAUGUGGUGGAAAUCUGAAUAUUUACAUUGUUUGUUAAAUAACAAUAAAUAAUAAUAAAUUAACUAUUAAGCCAAAAUGUAGUGUUACAUGUGCACUUUUGUACUCCUAGGUUUAAACUUAUUCGCCACCCUCACAACAAAAAUGAAUGUAUUCUUCUUUGCCAACCUUUUGUUUCCAUUGAUGUUUUAGAAACCUGAAUAAAAACAAUUAUUAAUAAAAUAACAAUCAUUAAUGGUACUUAAAUAAAGUAAUUAAAAUACAUAUGAUGAAAUAUGAUAUAUGACCCUUUACUUGACAUGCGAAUUUUUAUUAUAAGGUCAACACAAUAAUUAUCCUAAACCCUAAUGUGUUAUACUUAACUUUGUUAGUAAGUAGUGACGUAAGAUCUAGUUGUUAAAAUUUUUAUUAUAUACAUAUUUUAUAAUAUUUCGACAAAGUUCCUUAUAAGUUUUUUCUAGAGUAAUUGUUAUAGUACAUACAAGAUAAGAACGUUUGUAAUUUUUUUCAAAUGUAUUUCCAAAUUAUAUUUAGUCAAGGUCUCAUAGAAAUAAGAAUAGUUCUUUUUAGAAAUAUGUACUUACCUAAUAUAUGAAUGAUAUAUUCAAAAAUA